AGGAAGGAAGAGGCAGAUAAUGCCGCCCCAACAGUUGAUAGGCACAGCUUUGUAAGGAAUCUGCCUGAUAGAGAAUCAAUUCUUCCAUUCAUGUAGAGCCGGGUUAAGGCUGGCCGCUUGGCUGGAGUCAUAGGGCUGGACCCAGUCGUCGAAUGUCACCUUUCCAGGACAUUUGUCACUCGGUGGAAGGGCUCUGGCAGGAAACUCAUCCCCGGCGACUUGGUGUACUCGCGUCACUUGGGCAGUCUUGGCGGGUGAGUCUCCCCUUCCUCGUCCUCCUGCUGCCAGAUUCGUACCCCAAGAAGGAACUUGCAAGAUGGAAAGGGGAUGGAAGGACAACGGUCAUGCCAAGGGACAGGAGGAGGAGGAGGAGGAGGAGCAGAACUGGGGCGGACUGGCCGGACCGAACUGCUAACUGCGGUAUUGGAGGGGGCAUGUUGGGCUUCCGAGUUGAAGAUGAUGGAUAACAUGGGAGAGGUUCCGGGACUGCUGGAUACCGAUAAAACGAGAACUACAGACACAGACUUUAUGGGCGUCGUAUUCAUUCCCUUGACUGCUGCUAAUGCUCUUGUUACUCGCUUGAUUUGUCAGCCGUGGAUGGUGUCUCUGAUAAGGUUGUGCAGUAGUACGCUCCCUUUGGUGUGCUCUUCGAUGUUCAACACAAACUUUCAUCUUCUCCAACUUUUCGUGAAGCUGUAGAAAUCAUCUGUACUCACACUCACCCUUUGGCACUCCCACUUCACAGGUCUCGGUUGGGUUGCCGAGCGCCGUACCCUUCUCUGCCCUGGCGUGCUCCCUUCUGUGAUUCCACUCUCGGCUCUUCAUGCACAUGUUGCUUCUGCUUACGAGCAGGACCGUUGUUAACAAUUUCUGCCACUUUGUCAUAAACCGUUUUUCUGCCCUUUAGUACUUGCUGCGUUCGCAUGCUCAUGAACAUAAAUUAUUCUUAAUCAACUGUUUAGUAGUUGAAGAAGGAAUAGAAGAAGACUAGGAGAACACACUCUUGACUGCUUAGCGGCAG